GUGCGUUCUGUUAACUGCGGACUUCUUUGGGAGGACACUUAGACACAUCAGAAGCACACAAUGGAACCAGUGGCCUUUGUGGAUGUAGCUGUGUUCUUCACUGUAGAAGAGUGGACGAUGUUGGAUGAUAGGCAAAAGAAACUCUACAGAGAUGUGAUGAAGGAAACAUUUUUGAACCUGCUCUCCACAGAGGAAACACUAGAAGAAAAUAUUGAAGAGGACCACAGAGAUCUCAGCCGAAAUUUGGGAACUCAAGUGGUUGAAAAAGACUGUGGAUAUCAGCGUGAUACUCAAGUGGUUGAGAAAGACUGUGGAUAUCAGCGUGAUACUCAAGUGGUUGAGAAAGACUGUGGAUAUCAGCGUGAUACUCAAGUGGUUGAGAAAGACUGUGGAUAUCAGCGUGAUACUCAAGUGGUUGAGAAAGACUGUGGAUAUCAGCGUGAUACUCAAGUGGUUGAGAAAGACUGUGGAUAUCAGCGUGAUACUCAAGUGGUUGAGAAAGACUGUGGAUAUCAGCGUGAUACUCAAGUGGUUGAGAAAGACUGUGGAUAUCAGCGUGAUACUCAAGUGGUUGAGAAAGACUGUGGAUAUCAGCGUGAUACUCAAGUGGUUGAGAAAGACUGUGGAUAUCAGCGUGAUACUCAAGUGGUUGAGAAAGACUGUGGAUAUCAGCGUGAUACUCAAGUGGUUGAGAAAGACUGUGGAUAUCAGCGUGAUACUCAAGUGGUUGAGAAAGACUGUGGAUAUCAGCGUGAUACUCAAGUGGUUGAGAAAGACUGUGGAUAUCAGCGUGAUACUCAAGUGGUUGAGAAAGACUGUGGAUAUCAGCGUGAUACUGAGUGUGAUGAAAACCAGGAAUCUACUCCAGAGAAUAUGGUUAAUAAUGACGUGCCUCCUGCAAAAACAGUACAUGAAAACAGAUUACAUGAAAGGAACGUCAUUGAUCAUUCAUCCUUACAAGUUUAUCAAAGAGACCAAAGUAGAAGCAAUGAAUUUCAAUGUCAGGAAGCUGUGGUGAAGUCUUUUAAACCAACGAAACAUUGGAAAGAUAUCAGUCAUUCUGAAUCACUUCAGGUACUUGAAACCUCUCCUAAAGACAAACCUUAUAAAGACCAACAAUGUAAUGAAGCCUGCAGGAGUCUUCCUUCUGAUCAGCCUCAGGAGAGAACUUACACUGGAGAUAAACUCAGUGAGAACAUCUUAAAGAGAUGUACACGUGACCGGAAAGAUCACGGAAUCCAUACAGGAGUGAAACCCUUUGUGUGUAAGCAUUGUGAAGAAGCUUUCAUUGAUUCCAGUGACCCCGUCAACCAUGAAAAAAGUCAUCUUGGAGAGAGAAGUUACAUUUGUAAGCAACGUGAGAAAACGUGUUUUGAGAAACAUGAAGUAACUCACAGAGAAGUAAAGCCUUAUGAAUGUAAGCAUUGUGGAAAAGCUUUCACCUGUUUUAGUAAUUAUAACAUUCACGAAAGAAGUCACUGUGCUGAGAAGCCUUCUGCACGUAAGCAUUGUGAAAAAACCUUCACCAGUUCCAAUUCUUGUAACACUCAUGAAAGAAUCCACACUAGAGAGAAAUUGUACACAUGUAAACAUUGUGACAAAACCUUCGCCACUUUGAGUUCUCAUGACACUCAUGAAAGAGUUCACACUGGAGAGAAGCCUUGUGCAUGUAAGCACUGUGGGAAAACCUUCACCAUUCCCAGUCUGCAUAACUGCCACGAACGAAAUCAUAAUGUAAAGCCUUCUUAUGCCAGUAAACAUUGUGGAAAGGCUUUCAACAGUUCCAAGCACUGUAAUAUUCAUGAAAGAACUCACACGGGAGAGAAGACUUAUGCAUGUAAACAUUGUGGGAAAGUCUUCAGCACUUCUUAUUAUCGUAACAUUCAUGAAAGGAUUCAUACUGGAGAGAAGCCUUACUCGUGUGAGCACUGUGGAAAAGCCUUUACCCGCUCCAUUUAUCUUAAGAGACAUGAAAUCAUUCACACUGGAGAUAAGCCUUAUGCAUGUAAGCAUUGCGGGAAAAGCUUCUCCACCUCGUAUUAUCGUAACCUUCAUGAAAGAAUUCACUCUGGAAAGAAGCCUUAUGCAUGUCAGCAUUGUGGGAAAGCCUUCAAGAGUUCUUCUCAUCAAAAGAGACAUGAAAGAAUUCAUUCUGGAAAGAAGCCUUAUGCAUGUCAGCAUUGUGGGAAAGCCUUCAGGAGUUCUUCUAAUCAAAAGAGACAUGAAAGAAUUCACUCUGAAAAGCUUUAUGUACGUAAUCAUUGUGGAAACGGCUUGACUAGUUCUACAUACCAUUCAUGAAAAGAGUUCAUACUGGUGAGAAACCUUGUGUGUGUAUUCUUGUGGCAAAACCUUUGCCAUUUUGAGUUCCUGUCAUAAUCAUAAAAGAAUUCACAUGUAAGCAUUAUGGAAAAACCUUCGCCCGAUCCAGUUAUCAUAACAUUCAUGAAAGGAGUCACAGUGGAGAGAAACCUUGUGCAUCUAAGCAUCGUUGAAAAAACCCUCACUUCCAGUUGGCAAAUGGAUGUAAGGCAAAUGGAUGUAAGCAUUGUGGGAAAGAAACCUUAUGCAUAUAAGCACUGUGGAAAAGCCUUCCCCAGUUCCAGUUGGUGUAAUGCUCAUGAAAGAUUAGAAGAUGCCAUACAUCUGUGAUCAUGUGGAAAAGCCUUUAGCAAUCAUAGUUCUGAUUAUAUCCAUAAAAGAAUUUUAUAGUGGUGGAAAACUUUGAAAUGGAUGUGAAAAAUCAAUUUAUAGUGUUCAGAAACAUCUUCCGUACAGCCAGAAUAUGCCUGCAUUUCUGUUUCACAUCCCUAUACAACCCGUGUGAUCUCACAGUGACAAGAAGUGCGGUGGGUAGCACUUCUACCAGCGUGAGUAUGCGGUGCUGCAGCGUGAGUAUGCGGU